ACUAACCAUAUUGACCUCCGGAUAGCGGUUUUGUGUGAAGCAGAGAUUUUCUAUUAAGCGGAAACCAUGGCGGUUAUUCCAACGGUCACCGUGACAUCAACCGGCGCACGUUUACUAUCUCUCCCGCGCACGUUAUCCACCGCCGCUAUAACUGCUUCUUCUUCUCUGUCCUCGCUCUGCUACUUGAAUCAGGGCUAUUAUCCUCUGCAACGCCGGAGAAUUCUGCCGGCGAGGAAGCUAGCGAUACGAGCUGCAAGAACAGAGUCCAAAGGCGUCUCUCUUGGUUUCAGAGCUCCCAAUUUUGAGCUUACGGAGCCGCUCACUGGAAAAGUUUGGAAGCUUGAUGAUUUUGAGCCAUAUCCUGCAUUGCUGGUUAUGUUCAUCUGCAACCAUUGUCCAUUUGUCAUACAUUUGAAGAAGGAUAUUGUUAAACUUUCAAAUUUCUACAUGAAGAAAGGGCUUGCGGUGGUAGCAAUAUCUUCAAACUCUGUAGUUACACAUCCACAGGAUGGACCUGAAUUCAUGGUAGAAGACGCUAAGCUCUUCAAAUAUCCUUUCCCUUAUCUUUAUGAUGAGUCACAAGAAGUUGCAAAAGACUUUGGGGCUGUUUGUACACCAGAAUUUUUCCUGUUCAAAAAGGAUGGCAGAAGGCCCUUUGAGCUAGUGUAUCAUGGCCAAUUUGAUGAUUCAAGGCCAAGUAACAAUGUGCCUAUCACAGGAAGAGACUUGAGCCUAGCAAUAGAUUGCGUGCUUAGUGGCCAGCCAGUUUCAUCCAAUCAAAAACCCAGCAUUGGAUGCAGCAUAAAAUGGCAUCCAGGGGCAAAGCAGUAAGCACCAUCUCCACUGUCUAUAAGUUUUCAGCAACACAUUUAAGUGCGUCAGAUUAUCCAUGCAGCGGCUGAUGAGCAUUGAAGUGCUGGCACAUUUGUGUUACUUUUUCCAUGCCUCUUCUAGCAUUGCGAGUUGAGCUUCGAGCUCAAAGAUUUAAUAAGGAGAACUGAUCAAUAUAUGCCAAUGAUCACACUCAUGUAUAUAUUGUUUCCUCGGUACUUCCUAGCAAAGCCCCUUUUUCUUACAUUGCAUAAGCUGUCCUUACUUUGGUAAAGGUUGAAAUACUGAUCUAUAAGAUGUAAUGCUGGAUUCUGGCAUAUGUUCCGUAAAGGAGCCAAAAAUAGAAGAACUUGUUACCAAAUUGAGUAAUAUGCUACCACAUGCUAGUAGCUGAUUGCCUAAAAUAUGAGCAAAUUACUAACUUUGGUCCUCUUGUUACUGUAAUCUGGAGUUAUGUUCCUCCAAGAGUUUUGUAAAUCGUUUUAUGUAUUUCAUUGCUUCACAAAUUUCACUUUC